AUGCUCUUUUCCCGGAUGAUACCCGAGAGACGCUCCUGGGAGCUCGAAGUCUCGCUUGACGGAAAUCACUUUGCAACUGGCAAGUUCCCGCCCAGCGUGCACCCGGAAACGCAUGCAUACACUGUUUUAGGGUCAAGCACGAAAUCACUGUUCCUUCGCAUGACCAUGUCGGAGGAUCCUGCUCCCUUCUGGGGCGACAUCCUCCAGUCCAACUCAAACGGCGCGUACUUUGGUCUCGCGCUUGAGAUCGCCAAUCGGGACGAGUGGGGAUACAUCGAUUUCGGGAAGAUGAUCGGCCUAGACGGUAUCGCUCUCGUCAACAUUGUGUCCAACCCCGCAGAUGCAACGCUUUCAGGCCAGAAACAGCUACAGAGUCGAAUCGCGCAUAACAUUGGAAGUACACGGAGGCCAUUGACACCGCCAGUUGUAGACUAG